GCUAGCCCACCCAUAUGUGCAGAUUCAUUUCCUUCUCCAUCAUCACACAAACACACACACUCACAUAAGAACACCCCGAAAAUCGAAGCUUCUUUCUUACAACGAUCUGAGACCCUUCUCUUUCGCAGCACCAAUAAACGCCACAAUCUGCAGCAAGAGCGAACGAGCGAGAAAGAGAAGAAAAGAAAGAGAAAAGGGUUUGAGAAUCAGAAAUGGGGUUGGGUUUGUUAGCUUCGAGGGCCAUGAGACCCACCUCUAGGCUCCUCAAUUUCCACAACCCUAGCUCCUUCUUUCUCCGAACCAUCGUCUCGAAACCCGAGCUUCGGAAUCCGGAAGCUUCCGCCGCCCAGCCGGAGCAGCCGCCUGUCGAUCUCCCUCCCCGGACUCCGGUCGCCGGCGCCAGGGUCCAUUUCUCCAACCCAGAUGACGCCAUCGAGGUUUUCGUUGACGGUUACCCUGUCAAAAUCCCUAAGGGAUUUACCGUUCUUCAGGCUUGUGAGGUCGCCGGCGUCGAUAUCCCUCGCUUCUGCUACCACAGCAGGCUCUCCAUCGCCGGAAACUGCCGCAUGUGCCUCGUCGAGGUCGAGAAAUCCCCUAAGCCUGUUGCUUCUUGCGCGAUGCCCGCUCUUCCUGGGAUGAAAAUUAAGACUGACACACCUGUGGCGAAGAAAGCUCGAGAAGGGGUGAUGGAAUUUUUAUUGAUGAAUCAUCCAUUAGAUUGCCCAAUUUGUGAUCAAGGUGGGGAAUGUGAUCUUCAGGAUCAGUCAAUGGCAUUUGGCGCUGAUCGUGGUCGUUUCACUGAAAUGAAGAGAUCUGUGGUGGACAAAAACCUUGGUCCUUUGGUGAAGACUGUGAUGACUCGGUGCAUUCAAUGUACAAGGUGUGUUAGAUUUGCAUCCGAGGUAGCAGGGGUGCAGGAUCUUGGCAUGUUAGGUCGUGGAAGUGGCGAGGAGAUUGGAACAUAUGUUGAAAAACUUAUGACAAGUGAGCUUUCUGGAAAUGUGAUAGAUAUCUGUCCUGUGGGAGCACUCACUUCAAAGCCUUUUGCAUUUAAAGCCCGGAAUUGGGAGUUGAAGGGUACAGAGAGCAUUGAUGUUACUGAUGCUGUUGGGUCCAAUAUCCGUAUUGAUAGCAGAGGACCUGAAGUCAUGCGCAUUGUUCCUCGUUUAAAUGAGGACAUAAAUGAAGAGUGGAUUUCAGACAAGACCCGCUUUUGUUAUGAUGGUUUGAAGAGGCAGAGGUUAAAUGACCCUAUGAUUCGUGGUCCUGAUGGACGCUUUAAGCCUGUGAAUUGGCGUGAUGCCCUUGCUGUGGUAGCAGAGAUUGCCCACCAAGUUAAACCAGAAGAAAUUGUUGGAAUAUCUGGCAAACUUUCAGAUGCUGAGUCCAUGAUUGCACUGAAAGAUUUCUUAAAUAGGAUUGGGUCAAAUAAUGUAUGGUGUGAAGGAAUUGGUGCAAAUACUAAUGCUGAUUUCAGAUCAGGAUAUAUCAUGAAUACUAGCAUUGCUGGUCUUGAGAAAGCAGAUGUUUUCCUGUUGGUUGGUACCCAGCCUCGUGUGGAAGCUGCUAUGGUUAAUGCCAGAAUAGGAAAGACUGUCAGAUCAAACCAGGCCAAGGUUGGGUACAUUGGGCCUGCUACAGAUUUCAAUUAUGAUCACAAACAUCUUGGUACUGGCCCUCAAACACUUCUUGAAAUUGCUGAGGGUCGCCACCCAUUUUCGAAGACUAUCUCAAAUGCCAAACACCCUGUUGUCAUUGUUGGUGGUGGGAUUUUUGAGAGGAAGGACCAGGACGCAAUUUUUGCUGCUGUUGAAACCAUCGCCAAACAAGGGAAUGUUGUCAGAUCUGACUGGAAUGGCCUUAAUGUAUUGCUUCUCCAUGCUGCCCAGGCUGCUGCACUUGACCUUGGACUUGUGCCCCAAUCUGAAAAAAGCCUCGAGUCUGCAAAAUUUGUAUAUUUGAUGGGUGCUGAUGAUGUAGACUUGGAAAAGAUCCCUGGUGAUGCUUUUGUUGUUUAUCAAGGUCACCAUGGUGACAAGAGUGUUUAUCGUGCCAAUGUCAUUUUGCCAGCAGCAGCAUUCAGCGAGAAGGAAGGGACCUAUGAAAACACUGAAGGAUGCACACAACAAACCUUGCCUGCAGUUCCAACAGUUGGUGACUCCAGAGAUGAUUGGAAGAUAGUUCGAGCUCUGUCCGAGGUGGCAGGAGUACGUUUGCCCUAUGAUACAGUUAGCGGUGUUCGUGCCCGGAUGAGGACUGUAGCCCCAAACCUCGUGCACGUGGACGAGAGAGAACCAGCCACAUUACCAUCUUCACUAAGACCAACCUUCACUCAGAAGAUGGAUACCACUCCGUUCGGAACUGUAGUUGAGAAUUUCUACAUGACUGAUGCCAUUACCAGGGCAUCAAAGAUAAUGGCACAAUGCAGUGCUACACUGUUGAAGAAGUGAGACAUGUUUUUUUUUUCUUUUCUUUUUGAGUUUAAAUAAAAUAUGCAGAUUCAUCCUUUUAUUUUCAUAGCCAAGCAAGGCCUUGCUUGCGCAAAGCUUCUCGGGUGUUGGCAGUACCCAAUAAAUUUAAAAUUAGGCUUUAUGUGUUGUAUUUGUAUUAUGCAGUGUAAACACGCCACUCUUAGAACUGUUGCCUUGUACAAUUUGGAUUUUCAGACUGAUUAUGGAAGUUUACUCUUCUCAUCAAA